AUGGCCAGGGUGAAGAACGCUGGUACUGAAGUUACCGCAAAGGCGACGAUGCGUCGUGAAACGGAUCGUCGGUGUAAAGCCGUGAAGCUCUGUAGCGAUGAAGCUUCGACUGCCUUCUUCCUUGAGAUUUAUACAUUCUCUUCCCUGGGUGGAAUGUCUGGGCGGUUGGAAUUUCCUGUUCAUGCUCUUGGAUCCGUUCCAAUAUCUUCAUUCUGGAAUCCCGAAUGUGCCAACUUCAAUAACAAAAACAGUAGAAUCAACAAACAGUGA